AUGGCUAGCGCGGCGGCUGCGGGUGACGGAGCUGCUGUGGGAAAUGAACACAGUGAUGGAGGGAGAGAAAAUAAUCCUGAAACUAGCACCACACCACCGCGGGGAAGCAGUACAGAACACAAGCCGGUGUGUUUAAUAGUGCUGGGAAUGGCGGGCUCCGGAAAAACUACUUUCGUUCAGAGACUGACGGCCUAUCUGCACACUAAGAAGAACCAACCGUACGUGAUUAACCUGGAUCCUGCGGUUCAUGAAGUCCCGUUUCCAGCCAACAUCGAUAUCAGAGACACGGUGAACUAUAAAGAAGUGAUGAAGCAAUACGGUUUGGGUCCAAAUGGAGGAAUCGUCACGUCUUUGAACUUGUUCGCGACGAGGUUUGAUCAGGUAAUGAAGUUUAUAGAGAAGAAGCAGCACAAUCACCAGUUUGUUCUGAUCGACACUCCAGGACAGAUUGAAGUUUUUACCUGGUCAGCAUCAGGAACCAUCAUCACAGAAGCUCUGGCCUCCACGUUCCCGUGUGUGGUGAUGUAUGUGAUGGACACGUCCCGCAGCGUCAAUCCCGUCACCUUCAUGUCCAACAUGCUGUACGCCUGCAGCAUUCUCUACAAAACCAAACUUCCUUUCAUCGUCGUCAUGAACAAGACAGAUAUAAUCGAUCACAGAUUCGCGGUGGAGUGGAUGCAGGACUUCGAGGUGUUCCAGGACGCGCUGAACCAGGAGACGUCGUACGUCAGUAACCUCACCCGCUCCAUGAGUCUGGUCCUGGACGAGUUCUACACCAACCUGCGGGUCGUCGGCGUAUCCGCAGUAACAGGCUCAGGUCUGGACGAGCUCUUCGUUCAGGUCGCAGAUGCUGCUAAAGAAUAUGAGACGGAGUACCGCCCUGAAUACGAGCGCCUGCACCGUGAGCUGGCCGACGCCCAGAGCAGGAAACAGCAGGAGCAGCUGGAGCGCCUCCGGAGGGACAUGGGCGAGGUUUCCAUGGAAACGGGGGUGAAGACGGGGGUUCCUGACCUGCUCGGCCCCAGCGACCUCAUCCUCACCCGGGGGAACCCAGACGAGGAGGAGGAGGAGGAGAUGGACAGCGACACGGAUGACAUCGAUCACCAGGUGACGGAGGAGAGUAAAGAGGGCGUGGCCUUCGGGAACUUCCUGAACGAGAGGAAGCAACUCGUCCAGGAGCGCAACAUGAAGUCUCAGUGACGCCUGCUGGAGGGACCGACCGUGGCUCCUCACCCUCCUGGCCCCCGCUUAUUAGCUUAUACGCUACACGACCAAAAGUAUUCGGACACCCGUUUCAAAAGCAAGCAGUGUUAACACAGAGCGAGUAUUAUUGGCUGCUGGAGAUCUUAAGGCUGGUCUUCUGGAAGAUUUCGGAGUGUGUCUGUGGGGAUUUGUGCCCGUCGAAAGACGACAGCAUUUACUUUAUAGAGCUCAAGCUGGAACAUGAAAGGUCCUUCCCUAAACUGUUGCUGUGACAUCAGAAGCAUGUGAUUUCCUUGAUAAUAGAUUUAUUACACCUGUUCUUGCUGUAACGUACACAUUUAAGAAUUACAGGGGGUGUCCGAAUACUUUUAGUUUUCUAUAUAGUGUAUCUCUCUUCGAUGCGCUAACAGGACGGCGCUUCUGCUCGCAGCUCAGAAAUGUCUGGAUUGUUAAAUAAAUAAAUAAAUAAAUAAAUAAAUAAAUAAAGGAGUAUUUUUAUAGAAACGGA